GGCAUUUCUGAGGUGUCUUUAAUAUAAAAAGGUUGGGAACCGCAGUGCUUGAAGAGUUCAGACUCUGCCUAGGGACAUGGGAGGUGUGAUCCAGGGUGCAGCUCUGUCCCAGGCCGCCCAUGUGAAUUUGUCCAGAUCAGAGUGAGGAUGAUGGUCCCUCCUUUCCCUUGCCUUUGUCUCUGGUCUGUUUGGACCACAGGGGCUCUGAGGCGGUGCUGUCUUUGCUUACUGUGUUCAGUGCCCCGCACACUGGGAGCCACCGGAUCAGAUGUAUAGCUGAAAUUCAAAUAAAAUGAAAGCUGGAGGGAUGCGCAUUGUCCAGAAGCAUCACAGCAGUGGAGAGCAUCUGAGCCAAGAGAGAGACAAAGAUGCCAAAGACUGGGAAUGUGACAGCCCCCCCAAGCAAACUCUGAUUAUAUCAGGAGCCAUAACAAGGGGUGACAAAGACUUCCCUCCAGCAGCGGCCCAGGUGGCACAUCAGAAACCACAGCCUUGUGUGGAAAAGCUACCCCCUCACCAUCACAUCAAUCAGCAUAUUCACCAGCCCCGCAAAUGACCCAUCUGGAAGCAGCAUCUGGGACUGAAAAGGGGAUGGGGAGCCAGGCCACACCUUGUGUUGGAGCUAGACAAGAGCUAGACAACUUCCCUUGUAUUUAGUGAUGCUUGAUUUGCCUUUAUUUUCACUCCGCCCCAGCCUCUCACCCUGAUAUUUGGUUGCUGUUUAGAGCUUUUAAAAUAUAUAUUUUGAAAAAUAUUUGCGUGUGCUUUUAAACACAGUUUUAGAGGGAAGGGGCACUGGUAAGCUAAAACAGCUUGUGUGUUCCUGGGGCGUUAGACGUGGAUCCCAACACUUCAUUGCAAUGAAGAGGUUUAUCUUAAGUUAUUGGUGCAGCUUGGAGUUGCUGUCUGGAAUUUAGAUUGUUGUGUAUAAAUAUGGAGCCAACCCUCUUGCUUUUUAAACGGAACAGGUUGACUUCAGGGGUCUCCAUGCAAUUGGAAUUAGAGGACUUGUGUAUCUUAAGCAGUAGGAUGAUUUUGUGGAAGGGCUUGAUAUCAAACACUAAUGGGGAGAGGGGAAAUUAAAGGCUCAUGAACUGCAAGCACGUGAGAUAUGCGCAGUUGCUUUCUUUUGCUUCUCUGUGCUGACACCAGACGAUUCUUGUCAGAGCUGCCUAUUGAUAGGAAAGGUACCAGUAAACUGUGGUGGAAUGGUAGCUAGAUAGCAGUUCCACUAGCAGCAUGAACUGUUCCAGGCUCCACUGAAUAGUGAGAUGACCAUGUGCUCUGAAAGGGAAUGUAGCU